AUGUCCGAAACCUCGCAUCAGCAGCCAUCCCCUCUUGCCCACAGAAUCGUUUAUAACCCCAAUGAACGCAACGGCUUAAAGAGAAACGAGCGCGAUGUGGUGGAGGGAGAUCGGCUUGUUGGGCAACUGAGGGAAGACUUCGGCUGGGACUGGGUCGCGAUUACAGAUGUGGAGCUCUACAAGUGCGAAUGGGCUUUCCAGUUCAGCAUUGAGAACGAGAGCGAAGGCACGCGGACGAAAAUGGAGUCUACUGAGCUCGGAAUGGUUGUUACUGAAGGGAGAGAGGUCUCUGAAUCGGUCUCAGCUAGUGCCGGUUUUAGCGGUUUCGGCUUUUCGGCGACUGUCAACGGGUCAACCGAGUCCAAAACUUUCACCUCGUCGGAAACCUCGCAAAUCAAACGCAUUGAAGAUACUUACGUCAUCCCAGCCAAAUCCAGUAUUUUCGUCUACAAAAGAAAAUACUUCUUCCGCUGCACGACAUGGUUUUACCAUAAAGGCGAGAAGGCGUACCUUAAGGCUGGGAGUCGCAAAACCGAGGGGAUUUUCGAAAACAGCAUCGUUGCCAAUGAGGAGUUGAUCAGCCCUACUCGUCUGACUGGGGAAGGGAAAAUUGUCGUGAAUCCUCCUAGGGAUGCUGUUAGGACCACAAAAGUGUAUAAUGCGGGGUCUUUCGAAUCCAACGGCAUUGCUAUAGCCUUGCAAAGAGUCUACCCGUGGGUUAGAAUCAUCAUCGGCUAG